AUGCACAUCAACGUCUCCGGUGCACGACCCGAACACACAAUUAAUGGUUUAGAGGUUGAUGUCGAAGAAGGUGUUGAGGGCCUGCGCCGCCGCAUAGGAGAGCGACUCGGGGCUCCGCCGGAGCAGCUACGCCUCAUCCACAUGGGCCAGCUUAUCGAUGGAUCACGCCCUUUAAGCUCCUUCCUGCAAGAUGGCACUACUGUCCAUGUAGUGGUUUCGCCAGGGGCCGCAAAUAAUAACACCAGUGGUGAUGCUCGACGUGGAGUGAGUGGGGGGAUGGAUAUCACCGCAAGCAUCAUGUCCCCGACAGGUCUCACUGAGUUCUUAACAAAUAUCAUACCGGAUAUACGGAAUGCUUCCACUGGGAACGCGCGCGACGGUGUGCCCGUAAUGAUGUCAAUUGCUCGGACAAUGCUUCCCGCAGCUGUUCAGGCCUUUAGUCGUUUUGAAGGGACCCAAACUCCGCAACAAACUCGAACUCAAUCCCAAAAUCAAACUCAGCAAUCCCAGCAGCCACAGGAAGAACCUCAGGCAGGACAGCAACAUAUGCAGACACACCACCAAUCGACUCGUGUUCUCAUUGGCCGCAACUCUUCCACUCCAGAGCCGACAUCCCUCCAUAUUCAUCUGCACGUGACGACGAACGAUCUUGACGAGCUGCCGGAUCGUCUCGAACGGUUGGGGAGACGUAUUUAUCUUCCGUCGUUGAGUGUAAGCACACACGUCGAGCCGACAUCCGAAAUCAGUGGGAACCAUCGUUCUUCCGAACACAACGCAGGUCGAACGGCGGACGCCGCUGCACCACACAGCAACGAAAACAACACAACCGAAGCUGACGAAGACGAAAUUGUAAGCGAUGGCUUGAUCCUCAGCCUCCUUGGCCAACUGGCCUCCACAACCAGGGGGAAUCCACCCAACGAUGGUGAGUUCGGGACCCACGGGCUCGGUAACCUUCUAAUCCGGUCGAUGAUACGGGAAAAUCCCACUGCUUUCUUGGGUAUCUGCGUCGGGAACUGGGAGAGCUUUGCCCACUUCCAAUCGCGCAUUUCAGAAGUGACGACACAGUGGCUUGCAGCGGGGCGGCACGCUGGACCCGUUACUCCGGAGGAGCGCCAGCGACGCAUUGAGCAGGAGGCUGACAGGCUUGCUCGUCUCGUUGCGGAAAAUCUGGAGCUAGUGCGGGCUUUUGAACAGGAACGUCGACCUAAUAUCGAUGUAGCGGCUGAGUUGCGAAGGUUUGUUAUCUAUGCUCAUGAAACGGUUAUAGGAGCGAUCGUCAAUCCACAUGUGUCCGGAAGUGCGUGGGCCCAAGGCGUCCGAACGGCUCUUGUUUUCGCAGGUGGUAUCGCCAUGGAUCGCGCCUCCACGUGGUUUACGCGGGGGGCUGAGAGUUUGACUCGGCUUGCCGGCCUGGUUGCCAGCGCGGCCGUCCAGCAAUUCACUUCACUUGACCAAAGCACCGCGGAGCAGCUUGCCGCAAUAAUUGAUGGAACACUUCCCACUACUCUCCUUGAACUUCAGCAAGAAUACCAGUCCUUACCUCGGCCAGAGGGUGAGCCGGGCAUUUUUAACGAGACUGCAUCCGUAACCACAACAUCCGAGGGUGCCAAUGCAAACGAACUUCUGGACAUUUGCUUGGAGGAGUUCUGUGAAGGGGGACCGGAUGACUCCUCACAAGCGGUCCCUGACGUUCCGCCAGAUGGUUAUGCCGGAGAACUGGAAGGGGCUCUGCGGGCCCUCGGAACACUCCCCGAUGACGCUGCCGAAGACAUGAUGAACCGCGCUCAGCGCUUUUGCCACGAGGCCCCCACCGGCCGAACGGGUGAAAGAUCAUCCAUGUGGAAGCAACUGGAGAGGAGGUGA